GAAUUCUCGAGACAAAAAAAACAUUGUAUGAGUAAUCUAGUCCAUAUUUUAUCUAUGCUAUAAUAUCAUUCCGGUGUCGAUGUCAAAAUUGAGUUCCUACAUUUGUAUAUUCGAAAGUAUUUUUAUAAAUAUUUUUAUUUCAAUUCAAGUUCUAUAUUUAUGUUAAAAAAAAAUAAUAUUUUAAAUUAUGUUGAUUUUUAGUAACGAAAUUUAGUAAUCAAAAAAGACAAUCUUAAGAAAUAUAAUGUAAUGGUUUGAAUAAAAUAGCUAAGUGAAACGAAGGUUAGAAUGAGAAGUAUUGUUAACAUUUUGAAAAUCUUUGUCGCUUUUUUUUAUGAUUAUGCACGAGGAUUAUCAUACACUAUUAUUACGAUUUUGGUUUUGGGUUAUUGUUUACACCCGGCUCGAUUUGCUUCACAUUAUACUUUCAUAAAAACAGAAGAUAUUUACGAUGAAAUGGAAAAAUCUUAUCCAGCAAGGGAUAAUUCAUGCACAAUCACGAUCAAUCAUCAAAAAUCUCAACUGCUUUAUCCCGAAGAACAUCCUCGAGAAGACCCUAUAGCAAUGGCGCGACGAUUAGGUAUAUUACCUGGAGGACAAUGGAAACCAUUAAAUUGUCAUCCUCUUUUCAAUGUGGCUAUUAUUUUACCAUAUAGAAAUCGUCAAACACAACUUACUAUUUUUAUGAAUUAUAUUCAUCCUUUUCUACAAGCCCAAAAUCUUGAUUAUAGAAUAUUUGUGAUAGAACAAAGUCCAAUGCGUGAAUUUAAUCGUGCUAAACUUUUCAAUGUUGGAUAUGCAGAAGCAACUAAAGUAAAUGACUUUCACUGUUUCAUCUUUCAAGAUAUAGAUCUCAUACCUCAGAAUCCUGACAACAUUUAUGCUUGCACUAAGAUGCCCAGACAUAUGAGUUCAAGUGUAAAUACAUUUCGUUACAAUUUACCAUAUAGUGGUUUAUUUGGAGGUGCAAUAGCAUUAACUCGAAAACAAUUUGAAAGAGUUAAUGGAUUUUCAAAUGUUUUUUAUGGAUGGGGUGGAGAAGAUGAUGAUUUUUAUAGCCGCUUACAAUCAAAAGGUUUUCAAGUUACACGUUUUGGACCUGAUAUUGCUCAGUAUUAUAUGUUAGUACACAAGAAAGAAUCUCCAAGUAGUGCUAGGUUUGAAAAUCUUGAAAAUAGUGCUAAAAGAUAUGAUACUGAUGGAAUUAGUAAUUUAGAAUACAGAGUUCUGAAUCAUCAAUUAAGGCCAUUGUAUUCUUGGAUUUUAGCAGAUGUUUAGUUUUGGUGCACAGCCAUGGCCAUGGGGAAGGCCAAAGGGCUGCGUUACCGUGCCUUGCCGCCACGGGGCGUCGGUGGCACGCGUACAACGCAUCGGUUGGGUAUCUGGACUGAACUUCUUUCUACCUGUUUCAUCUCCAUCCACCGUGCGGCCUCCUGAGUCGCGUUAAACUCGACGAAUGCAAAACCUCGCGAAGCACCUAUACAGAGCAAAUACACACAUAUCCAAAGUUAAUCCACGUUUUGCCUGGGAGUCUCUACUCUGAGAGGGCAGGCAAUCACAGCACCAACCAUUGACAGACUGAGUUUCGAACGAAGUAUUUUCUUCGCUUCGUCGCUUGCUUUCAUUUCCAUUUGCCUAAAGCUCAGCAGAAUGAAUUCUACACGGGUGACAGACGAUUUCUUAUCUUUACGCGAACUUUAGUUUACUUUAAUGAUAAACCUACUAAAAUCUCUUAGUCUCCUUUUUUUUCGCAAUCGUGAAUCAAAGACAUAAUAAGAAUUGUAUAGAAAAUACUUUUCUUCCCAAUAAUUUCUAUAUUAUACAAUCGUUAAUAAUAUAAGAAAUAAAUUUGAUAUUUUAUACAAAAAAUAUAGUUAUAUUUUGUUAAAAAGGGUCACAUAUUCUAUUGUAUCUAUU